AUGCCCGUUGUUAUUCCAACAGAUUUAGAAUUGUUGAAAAGUAUUUUAACAAGAGACUUCCAGUACUUCACUGACAGGGGAACCUACUGUAAUGAAAAAGACGAUCCUCUAUCUGGUAAUUUGGCAUUUGUAUCUGGAAAACGUUGGAGAACUUUGAGGAAUAAAAUGAGCCCUACUUUCUCAACAGCAAAAUUGAAGAUGAUGCACAAUAUAAUAGUAAAUGUUGCUAGAGAAUUUCAAAAUUAUUUAGAGCAAUUUGCAAAGAAGAAGGAAACAAUUGAAAUUAAGAAUAUUUUUUUGCUAUUCACAACUGACGUCAUUGGAAAUUGUGCUUUUGGCAUUGAAUGUAACAGCUUCAAGAAACCCAAUACAGAAUUUCGAAGAAUUGGAAAAAGAUUAUAUGAAUUUACCUUCUUCGAGGCCAUGCGUGUUAUAUUCUCAACAAUGUUUCAAGAUUUCAGUCGCAUGUUGAAAAUGAAAAUUAUCAAAACCGACGUAGCAGAAUUCUUCAUGAGAUUCUUCAAAGAAAUCGUUGAGUAUCGUGAGAAGAAUGACAUAAAGAGGGAUGAUUUUCUAUCACUCUUAAUGCAAAUCAAAAAUACGGGAAAACUCGAUAGUGACUCUACGGGUUUAGGAAAAAUAACAUUUGAAGAAUUGGUUGCGCAGAUGUACGCAAUUUUCAAUGCAAGCUACGAAACAACUGCAUCAACUCUGACACUAGCUGUUUAUGAACUAGCUCAACAUCAAGAUAUUCAAGAGAAAGCCAGAGAAGAAGUGAAUCGAAUCCUGAAAAAAUACAACGAUGAAUAUACGUAUGAAGCAUGCAUGGAGAUGAAGUAUAUCGAUCAAAUCAUAAAAGAAACAUUGAGGAAAUAUCCAGUAAUUGAUUAUCUCUUACGACUCUGUGGCCAGGAUUAUUCAGUUCCUAACACCAAUCAUGUGAUCGACAAGGGAACUUAUAUAGCUAUCCCAGUACAUGCAAUCCAUCAUGAUCCUGAAAUCUACCCAGAUCCCGAAAAAUUCGAUCCUGAAAGAUUCACCGAAGAUAACAUCAAGAACCGUCAUCCCUAUGCUUGGCUUCCGUUUGGAGAAGGCCCUAGGAAUUGUAUUGCAAUGAGACUUGGCAUGGUGCAGGCUAAGAUUGGAUUAGCCAGCUUACUUUCUAAAUACCGAGUUAACGUAUCUCCAAGGACUGUUAUACCCCCUGUUUUUAACUAUGGAUCUUUUACACUAUCACCAAAAGAUGGUAUGUGGAUCACUUUGGAGAUGGCUUCUUAG